AGUUUUCAUAAGUAUAAUUCCUCGAGAGCAGUCACUUCGCCGGGCAACCACCGCGCGACGACGACAUCGACGAAAGCGCCGGACUCUAGAGAAGCCCGACCUCAUCGUCCCCCUCCACAGUCGUAGCCACCUACCACACACAUCCCCGUCUGCCCUCUGUCUGCCAUGGGAUGCACACAGAGCAACCUCGACGGCGACAAGGACCAAGCCAAGUCGCGCGAAGUAGACCAAGCAAAUGAAGAAGCACACCGGCUGGAGCAGGAAAAGGUGAAACUACUGCUCCUCGGCGCUGGCGAGUCGGGGAAGAGUACGAUCUUCAAACAAAUGAAGAUUCUGUACGGGAUGCCGCUCACGGAGGAGGAGCGCCGACACUGCACGCCAAUUGUGUACAACAACAUCGUGACGUCGAUGAAGAUCUUGCUGGACCAGUGCGUGGAGCUGCAGCUGAAGGGUGAAGUCAAGUGCAUCGAAGACUUUGACGAGAUCAAGGCCGCGUCGGACGAAACCGAAGUGAACCCCAAGACGGGCCAGAAGAUCAAGAACCUGUGGACUGACCCGGGUGUCAUGGCGACGUGGGCACGGCGGUCCGAGUUCCAGAUCGUCGAAUCGGUCAAGUUUUACUUCAACGACCUCGACCGCAUCAUGAAGGACGACUACCAAGUCACGCAACAAGACAUGUUGUACGCGCGCGUGCGCACGUCGGGGAUUGUCGAGGAAAAGUAUCAGAUUGACGGCGCCACGUUUGUCAUGUACGACGUGGGCGGGCAGCGUAACGAGCGCAAGAAGUGGAUCCAUUGUUUUGAAGACGUGACGUCUGUGAUCUUUGUGGCCGCGCUGAGCGAGUAUGACCAGUCGCUGUACGAAGACUCGAGCACGAACCGUAUGAUCGAAGCCAUCACGUUGUUCGACGAGAUCGUGAACAACCGAUUCUUUUCUAACUCGGCCAUGAUCCUGUUCUUGAACAAGAAGGACUUGUUUGAAGAAAAGGUCAAGAAGAUCGAUAUCAAGAGCGUCGAAGUGUUCAAGGACUUUCCCGGCGGCCUCGGCGACUUUGACAAGGGCGUGACGUACUUUUUGUCCAAGUUUCUCGAGAUGAAUCGCCAGCCGGAGAAGGAAAUCUACCACCACGUCACGUGCGCCACGGAUUCCCAAAACGUCCAAGUCGUGUUCAAUGCGUGCAAAGACAUCAUUUUGAAGCAGAAUAUCCGCGGCUCCGGCUUCAUGUAAACACCCCUCCCUCCAACAACUGUCCACCCACCACCUAGCUCUUCAAGACAACAGCCAACGCGAUGGAGCGAUGAGACCAAGACUUCUGCGCACUAGCUAGGCGUUCCCCAUCUCAUACUUAAUUGCAUGCAUUUAUCAAACAACACGACUUUGUCACACGGCACACACCCACGCGAAG